AUGCCAGUCUCAUCCUUGAAACUUAAUCAAUCUGCUGUCUCAGCACCAUGGCGGGUUUUAACGGUUUUUUUUGCGGCACUGCUGCUUCUCGGUUAUAUGAUCUUGGCCGUGGCAAUCAAUAACACCCAAGACACAUUGCGAAUCGACAUCACUGGAUCUAUAACUUGCGCAUUCGUUUUUGUUGGAGUAUCCUAUAUCUCAUCAGCCCUGGUCGUUUUCUGUCAGCGACAUCAGAAGCUUUUCCUAAUUCACUACGUCUUUUGUCCCUACUCGAUAAUAAACCUGCUCGCACUUUUUAAUGCCCUGUUCCAUGUCCUUGCGCGCGACUUACCCCUGAACACCCUACGUGUCAUGAGCAUUGGGCUGCCCGCUGCGUUUUUUGCAAUAUAUCCUCUCGCAGCGCUGUUCGUCUACCAUGACAACAGCUCUAGCCGUCCCCACCGAGAGGAUGGUACUCCCUUGCUUAGUGACGAAGAAAUGCAGCGAAGACAGAUGCUUCGCUUGCUUCAAGAUCAGUCAAGUGCGCCGUCGCCAGAUCUUAUUCGAAACACCUAUCGAUUUGAUUUACCUCAGUACGACGCGGCUCCGAGAUAUUAG